CAGGCGGCCAAAGCAGCUGCGACAAUCAACCAGUUCGUGAACAAAACAACGCGAGGCAAGAUCCCAACUGUGGUGACAGAGAGCGACGUGGCCACGACACUGAUGGCGCUGGUCAACACCGUCCCCUUCAAAGGUUUCUGGUUGAGUCAAUUCAACCUAACCCAAACAACAAAGCAGAAGUUCUUCACCACCCCGAGCCAACACAGCCUUGUUGACAUGAUGACCCAACUUCGAAAAUUCAGAUUUGGAGUCUCGAGUGAGCUGGGAGCGACGGUGUUAGAGAUGCCGUACAAGGGGAAGGCGGCGUCCAUGUUGGUGUUGCUGCCUGACAGCACCCCCGGCGGCGCCCCUGGCAACUCCGCCACGCCCCUGGACGCCAUGCUGCGGCGCCUCUCCCACGAAACCCUCCGCCACGCCCUCACCAACCUGAAAGAGGAGAACGUACAUCUUUACUUCCCAAGGUUCAAACUGGAGCAGACAAUCAAUGAGGAACUUAAGGCGCCUGAGUGUGAACACGUCAUCCACAAGGCCGUGGUGGAGGUGAACGAGGAGGGCUCCGAGGCUGCUGCUGCCACACUCAUCAUCUUCAAAAGCGGCCCUAGAGUGUUCAGAUGUGACCGCCCCUUCGUCUUCUUCAUCAGGGACAACCACACUAACACCAUACUCUUCAUGGGCGUCUACAGGAAGCCCUAACACCAAACUCUUCACGGGCGUCUACAGGAAGCCCUAACACCAUACUCUUCAUGGGCGUCUACAGGAAGCCCUAACACCAUACUCUUCAUGGGCGUCAACAGGAAGCCCUAACACCAUACUCUUCAUGGGCGUCUACAGGAAGCCCUAACACCAUACUCUUCAUGGGCGUCUACAGGAAGCCCUAACACCAUACUCUUCAUGGGCGUCUACAGGAAGCCCUAACACCAUACUCUUCACGGGCGUCUACAGGAAGCCC